AUGAGUGAUACAUAUAAUGAACAAGACGUCGCGGAGCUAUCUCUUUUAUCCGAUACGGUAGUAGAUAAUAUUUUUCCUGACCAACAUGUCAACAAUUUUAUUCUUGGCUCCAAGACAUUUGCCGAAAAACAACCAUUCGAAGCUAUUUAUGCUGCCGAAAAACCAAUUCCAGAACAUAUACAAAAGGCCAUUGCCCACUAUAGUUUUCCAUCAACUACUAGGGAAAUAAAAGUGUAUUCCGCCUUGGGUACAGGCAGUGUGAAUUGUUUUCGCAAAGCCAGUUCUCUUUUUACGCAAAAUGGAGUGCGUGAUUGCUUGCAAAUAGGCUUUUAUAUUAGUGCGAAUGUCAUCCACUCCUCUACGGAUCCGAAAAUUCGGCAUGUUACGAUGUGUUUCGAUCGUAAGCAUAUCACUUUUACUUCUUGUACCUGUACCAGUGAAGAGGAUCGUAAAAUAACUGACAGCCAAAAAAAACAUCUCUCUCCUGCACAGAAAUCAAUGUCAGAUCAGAGUGUUUGGUGUCCCCAUGUGGUCGCUACUUGUUUGACCCGGAUUGAGCAUCCGGAAAAAUUUAUCUACCGCCCACCAAUUUCGGAAUCUUUGAGUCAGUUAAAUGAGUCGCAGUUGAGAACACUAGCAUAUAAAUUAAUUUGCCAGGAAAGUGCGCGUAAAUUCUUACCCGCAACACAGAGUAUCCUUGAUGAAAUGCUUACGCCAUUGACACCUCCUUGCGGCUCUUAUGAAGAAGGAAGAGAUCCAACUGGUGGAGGCUACAUAGGUGAAAAUCCUUAUUGGUGUGCCGAUUUCACAAAUUUGAAGGCCCGACUGAAAAGCCAAUUAGCAUACCAUAUUCGUGAAUUAAACGCUAAGAUCGAGGUUGAAUUGUUUUUCGAUUUACCUUCUUCGUUUGUGGACAUUCUUGACGUCCUUUCAUCUACUCGAUCAUACCGUCCACGUGGUGCUUGGGAACUUCUGAGUAUCAUUAUCAAAAUGAUGCACAACCACGAUGCCAACUCCUUUGAAUUGUUGCAGAUCUUUGUAGAAUCCAUUCUCAAAACACCGGCGGUGGUGAGCCACUGGAGCUGUGCGGAGAGAAAUAUUCCAUUUUCUUCAAAACACGUUCAAGAUGCUGAAAGAAGUGGGGUUUUCUUUACUUCUAGAUGGCUUUGUGAAGCUCUUGUUGAUGUUUGGCGACUCUUUUGUCUCCAUCCUAAGUUUGUUAGUGAUGCUGAAACCCUUGUUCCUAGCCUUGGUGUCUCACGUGUGGAAAUUGUCAAAAUGUUGAAAAGUUGGCAGCAUAAAAUUCUUUCUUCUCAGCAUUUCCCCCCAGUUAAUGCUAUUCAAUUGGACCUCGUUGGCUUUAACCCAGCCAUAAAAACUUGCCUAUUGUCAUGGGCAAAUGAUCAUCUCCCUUCCACUCUCCAUUUAACCCCGGACCAAUUCCGUCAAGCUAUUCCAAAAUUUGAUGGUGCUUUUGUGAGUGAACAAUCUUUGGUGGAUGAUGAUUCCAUGUGGAGGGAUUCGUUCGGGAAGUCUCCAGAAUUCGGUUCCUUUUGUCCCCCCAUGUGUGGUCAAUUUGGGAUUGAUUUUGCUCGAUGUCAAAGCCUCGUUACUCAUGGAGGUAGUAAGGAGGUAGCAUUGUCCUGGGUGCGACAUCUGGCUCUUCAAAUGUUACAACAAUCUCCACACUUAUUGACGGCCGCCAAGACCGCUUUCUCAACGCAAGACUCUGAUAAAGAAAUGCCUUCAAGCACUACCAAUAGUCGAUCAUCUUCAAGUACACAAACUACAGAAGCUGGUCGAAAAGCUCGCGAUUUCUUUCGUGAGAAAAGUGCUGAAACGGAAGCAAUGCUAAAAAAUAAGAGUGUUGAUAAAUUUGGAGCAAUACUAAAUGAAUGGAUUUACUGUGUGGACUACCUUAUGGACUGUUUCUACAGUUUCUACUUCUACGAUGGUGUAGUUUGCCCACCCUCCCUCACAAACCACGAUCUUUCUCGAGUUGUUAUGCGCAAGAAAGUUGUUGAAGACUUCAAUUCCUUAUACUACUUACCGCAUUUAUCCGCAUUGUCAAUACCCCAGGAGAAGCAAAUGACUGAUGGCUGGAUGCCUAUUGACAUGGAAUUGGCUUUUCGAUUGGGUUUUCUAGUUCUAGUCCUACCUAGAACGCAACUUAUUUUGAAGAGCAGGGAAGUGCGUCUAAUGGAUCAUGAAAGCCAACUUAUGUCUAGACUCUACAGGCUACCUUUGGAAUCCGUCUGCCCCUGGGUUAUCGACACUAUUCGUCACGAAGCUUCAGUACUUGCUUAUGGACCAGAUAGAUUCGAUGCCAACGUGCCCUACGCCUUGUCGGAUUUCCUUUUCACCAUGUUGGCCGGAUCGCAUAAUCUCGAAGAGUGGGGUCCACUGGAAAACUCUUCCCCCAUUGUUGGCGAAAAUAGUAGCGCUGACGGUACUCAAACCGUCUCGAUCAACCACCUUCCACCCUUUAUUAUCCGCGUUUUUCGACAUAAACCUACUGCCGAGGUAAAUGAACGGAAGCUUCGCAAACAAGUCAGGUAA